UGGGGCUUCAAUCUCAUCCAUCCGUCCAAGCGUCCGUCCGUCUGUCUGUCUGUCUGAUCGAUCCAUCAUCAUGGGGCGCCACUGGCUUCAAAAACAGGAAUGUAGCGAGUGAGUAUGCAGGCCAUCUCAUAGAUGGAUGGAUGGACGGAUGGAUGGAUGGAGGUAUGCAGCACGCCGCACCAAAUAAAGGAAAGGAAGAUAGGCAGACAGUCAGUCAGACAGACAGAUAUGUCACUUACUGUUGUUAUCAUACAGGCUGUCUCACUCACUCACGCGUUCAUGUCACGGACCGUCAACACCCGUACUCACACACACACACACACACAAAAGGACACGCAAAAGGACACACAGACAGCCAUCAUUGUCUCAUCCCCCCACCCCGUGUGUGUGCGUGUGUGCAUGUGUGUUUGCAGUCCGUCGGUCAGAAUGCCGCCAUGCCGGCUGACAGCGAUGCCCCCGGGACGGACCUCUGCCGCUGCAGACGCACAACCUGCAUCGCCACGAGAGAGAGCAAGGCAUCCAUCACAUCACCUGCCUGUCCGCACACACCCUCCCUCCCUCAGGCUUCCUUUGGUCACCUUUGCUUUGAGCUGGCGGAUCAUGAAGGCCUCGCGGCUGGUCUCACGCACACUCUGAGCAGAGAGGCAAACCACGCACAAACGGGGCAAUCCAGUGUCUGUUUGGGCGUUUGGCGUCCAUGAGCUGGCUGACCUGCAGGAAGUCGGCGAGGUUGAUGAUGCGGUCCUUGAGUGCCUCGUCCAGUUUGUCCAGCAUGUCCUCCUGAGACGCCACGUCGGCCGACAACUCCAUUAUCCUACGCAAAUCAAAUCAACACACAGAAAGACCGACAGGAACGAAAUACACCGCAGGCUGUGGCUGUGGCAGUGGCAGUGGGCGGCACUGACUGUUUGGAGAGGGCAUUGCUGGGCUCGACAAUCUCAUCCGCCACAAACUGCACACACCAACAAAGGCAGGCGACUCUCUCUCUCUCUCUCUCUGUGGGCCCUCCCUAUGUUCGCUCUAGUUUAUGGUUUACAUACCUUUCUGUGUUUCUCGGCUUCCAUGAAUGUGUUGACGGCCUGGUGCGUGGCGUCCAGCGCCUCCAUGUCACGAUCGAUGGACGCCUGACAGACGGACGAGUCGACGGCACACAGAUUGCAUUGCCCGUGUCGGUCGGUCGGUGUAUUAUGCGGUCAAUCGGUGUUUCUCUCUCACCGAUUCCUCCUGCAACUGCGCCAAGUGAACCCCUAUCCUCCUCCCAAAAGACUCCCUCUGAUCCUGAACCCAAACAACACAACACACACAAGCUCCGGUGAAGACGACACACGUACCCCCCUGCCGUGUUCAGUUCACACGUACGCACCUGCAUGUCGAGCUGCUCAUCCAGCCGCGAUAUGAUCGGCUGCACCACCCUCGGCCACCUCUCCUUCACUGCAUUUGGACAGCGACAGUACAGAAAGGAACACAGACAUCCCCAUGCCCUUUGCUCGCCCGCCCGCCCAUCGAUCGACCCCCGGACUGACCUUGUUUCUCGACGUCUUCCCUCAGUAUGUCCUCCCUGGACCGUGCCGGCUGUGAGGGCUGGGCAGCAGAUGCGCCAGACGAGGGCAGCACAGAGGGGCGGCCGGGGGAGGCGGUGGACGAGGAGGGCUGCUGGGAGGGGGACCCACCGCUGCCCGCCGGCUGGCCGCCCUGGGCAGCCAUGCCCAAAUUAGACAUCACGAAACCAGACGCUGGCACAGCACAACACACAGACACGGAAGCGAUAAGCAGGAUGUCAAUAUGUGUGUGUGGUUGUGUGUGUGAUUGUCGCGAACCUUUGUUGAAGAGCGAAUUGACAAUCCCACCAAUUCUGCCAUCCCUGAAUGGGGGAAAAGAACAAACAAAAACUCCUUCGGGUGUCCCCCGAUUCAGGCCCAUGUGCGUACGGUGGCUGCGAUGCCGAUCCGCCAGCGGCGGCGGCGGCCGAAGGUCGGUGUUCGGUCGACGAUGACGACGACGACGAGGCGCUCGUCUGGGCCGAGGCCGGCUUGGAAUACACCGGCGGGUCAGUGCUGAACGUCGAACUGAUGAUCGUCAUCAACUCAGUCUGACCGACACACAGAAAGAGAGCCGCACAUGACCCACAUCACAUUCACAUGUGUGUAUCUCUCUGUGUGUGCGUGCCCCUCCCUCUCCUCUGCCCACCCCACCAGGGUUGACUGUGAGGGGUUCCAGGAGGCCAGGUACGGGAGGUAGAUCAUGCCCUUUGAGUCGACGUGCUUGUGGCGCGGCUUGAUGGCCAUGUUGGCUGUGGGCGAGACGAAGCACCGCGGGCCUGAGUUUGGGUAGGGGGGGUCGAGGUAGAUGGUCACGGGGAUGUUGUACUGGGCGCCGUUGUAGUAGAUGGGGAUCGUGCCGUACAGGUAGAAGAGCUUGAUGGAACGACCCUGGUUACCUGAUGGAUGGUAGUUGUAAGGGGAGGAAAGAUUCACACACGUAGGUGUGGAGGCUCUGGCGUGUUGUGUGCAUGGUGCUGUGCUGGCGUAAGUACUGAAGUCGCCCACACUGGGCCUGAGAGAGGUGACUUGCGACAUGAGCUGCUGGACGUCCCUCUUGACGCGGUGGAGGUUGCUGUAGAAGCCUAUCUGGUUCCAUAGCUGGUUGUACUGAUACAUGCUGCCGACCACAGCCCACGAAUGGCUCCACACGCCUCUGCUGACUGCUCGAGGGAAACGUUCACGAACCAAGAAGAGCGAUCUCGCCGAAAUAUGUGACAAGGGCCAUAGCACUAUCCUGCCCUUAUCGCUUUUGCCUGUCCGAAU